AUGGCGUCUCGAAAACUCUUUACGGCGUUGCCAAUUCGCGCUGCGAUUCCCCGAACUCCCAACGCUUUGCUUGCCCGUCAGCAUCUGCGAUCAGAAUCAACAGCUUCAUCUACGUCAGCGCUGGCAUACAAGGCUCUCCACAAGCGUGUAUAUCCUCUUCCAACCUCAGAUGCUCCACCAUCUUGGUCCGCACAAGCUGCCGUCUCGAACAUUCUCUACGAAACACCUUCGCCCUCUUUGACCCCGCCAAAGCGUCACAUUCUCAAUUGCCUGGUGCAGAAUGAACCCGGUGUGCUUUCUCGAGUUUCUGGUAUUCUUGCGGCUCGUGGGUUCAAUAUCGACUCUCUCGUUGUAUGCAAUACCGAGGUUGAGGAUUUGUCGCGAAUGACAAUCGUGCUGUCUGGACAAGAUGGAGUAGUGGAGCAAGCACGUAGACAAUUGGAGGAUCUAGUGCCUGUCUGGGCUGUUCUGGAUUACACACCUGCUGCACUUGUUCAGCGCGAACUGUUGCUGGCCAAAAUCAAUAUCCUUGGGCCGGAAUACUUUGAAGAGUUGCAGGCUCAUCACAGAGAGAUCACAGAGAACGACCCAGAAAGCAUGGAGGAUGCGCAGUCGUCCCAGGAUAGAGCAGAGCGGUCAAAUGCCGAUUUCCACCCAAGCAAAUUAGCGCUCAGUCAGGCGUUGAGACACAAGCACGAGCAUUUGAAGUCAAUUACCUAUUUCACACAUCAAUUUGGUGGGAAAGUAUUGGACAUUAGCACAAACAGCUGCAUUGUCGAAGUCUCGGCAAAACCCACGCGUAUCGACUCAUUCAUGAAACUAAUCGCACCCUUCGGAAUUCUGGAGUCGGCAAGAACUGGUCUCAUGGCUCUUCCUCGCUCACCACUUUACGGUCCAGACGAUGAGAAGAUGCUAAAGGAUGCCGAGGAUGUUGUUGAUGCCAGCUCUCUUCCACCAGGAUAA